AUGGCUCUCUUGGUCCACCUGAAAACCGUCACCGACCUCCGAGGGAAAGGAGACAGGAUCGCCAAAGUAGCUUUCCGAGGGCUCUCAUUUUAUACAAGAGUUAUAGAAAACUGUGAAGAUGAAGCGCCAUUUGAUGAGACUUUCCAAUGGCCUAUUGCCAGUAACAUUGAUGGAAAUGAGAUUUUGGAGAUCCAAGUUUACAACUACAGCAAAGUCUUUACAAAUAGAUAUUUCAUUGACAUCUUUGGUAACCACCAACAGUGGAGCCUGGAUAUGAAUGUCCUACAGACCUGUGUCUCCAUUGAGAUAAAAUACCAGGCUAUGGACGGGACUGUUGGAGUCUGGAAUGACAGUGAAUUCUUAGAAAAUCUGAACCAAAAAGCAACGCAUGAGGCAACCUUUCACUUUGAGACAGACAGUUUACUCUCUGGCCAGAGUCAGGGAUCAGGAACUUCUCCAGGUCGAUCCCACCAAUGUCUCUUAGGAGAAAGGAAAAACGCAGGAAAGGACGUUACCAAGCCUAAGGCUGACAAGGGAAAAAAAGAAAGCAAAGAAAAAACAAGUGGAAAAGGAGUCUUCUCAGGAAUGAAACUUGGAAAGGCACGUCAUGCUAAAGAUGAUCAUAAGAAGAGUCAUGGAGAUGAACCUGCAGUCCUGGAAACAGAAGACCUGGAUAGAAAAGCCAUGCGUCUUGGUGGGGGUUUGGAUCCUGACACCAUCUCACUGGCUUCUGUCACUGCAGUCACCACCAAUGUCUCAAACAAAAGGUCAAAACCUGAUAUCAAAAUGGAACCCAGUGCAGGUAGACCCCAGGACUACCAAGUGAGUAUCACAAUCAUUGAAGCAAGACAGCUCGUGGGAUUGAACAUGGACCCAGUUGUAUGUGUUGAAAUCGGGGAUGAGAAGAAAUAUACAAGUAUGAAGGAAUCGACAAACUGUCCCUAUUACAAUGAGUACUUCGUCUUUGAUUUUCAUGUGUCUCCAGAUGUCAUGUUUGAUAAAAUAGUCAAGCUCUCGGUAAUUCAUUCCAAAAACCUCCUGCGUAGUGGGACAUUGGUGGGCAUGUUCAAGCUUGAUAUAGGAACUAUCUAUUCACAGCCAGAGCAUCAAUUCUACCACAGAUGGGCCAUACUCUGUGACCCUGGGGACAUCACCACUGGGGUGAAAGGCUACUUAAAGUGUGACAUAGCUGUCGUUGGGAAGGGGGAUAAUAUCAAGACACCACACAAGUCUAAUGAGACUGAUGAAGAUGAUAUAGAAGGGAACUUAUUGCUCCCUGAAGGAGUACCCUCAGAGAGGCAGUGGGCAAGGUAUUAUGUCAAGGUCUACAGAGCAGAGGGACUUCCGAAGAUGAACACCAGCAUAAUGGCUAACAUGAAGAAGGCAUUCAUUGGAGAAAACAAAGAUUUAGUCGAUCCCUAUGUUCAAGUAUCAUUUGCAGGACAAAAGGGAAAAACCAGUGUCCAAAAAAGCACAUAUGAACCAGCAUGGAAUGAGCAAGUCAUAUUUACUGAAAUGUUUCCACCUCUCUGCACACGAAUAAAAAUCCAGAUCCGAGAUUCCGACAAAGUGAAUGAAGUUGCUAUAGGAACACAUUUUGUCGACCUGAGAAAGAUUUCAAAUGAUGGUGACAAAGGAUUUCUGCCCACCUUUGGUCCUUCCUGGGUGAACAUGUAUGGGUCCACUCGUAACUACACCUUAAUGGAUGAACAUCAGGAUUUAAACGAGGGUCUCGGUGAAGGUGUUUCGUUUAGAGCCCGAUUACUCAUUAGCAUUGGUAUGGAAGUCUUAGACACAGCCUCAACAGAGAUAAUAAGCUCCACUGAUAUUCAAGUGGAGUCAAUACAACGGAUAUCAGAUCUUGCGACGGGAAAAUUGGAAGAGUUCUUUCUCUUUGGAGCCUUCCUGGAAUCAACAAUGCUUGACAGAAGAAUUGGAGAUAAACCAGUCAAUUUUGAAGUUACAAUUGGUAACUACGGGAACCAAAUUGAUGGAAUAAGCAAGCCAGCAGUUCGCAAGAAAAAAGGGGGAAGGGACACUGAUGAGGAGGAGUCAGAACUUCUCCAGAACUCAAGUGAAGAUGAAGUCGAUGAUGAUGGAGACGUGGAGCCUGUGUCCUGCACUCCACCGAUGAAACCCGUUAUUACCGACAGAAACUACUUCCAUUUGCCAUACUUUGAAAAGAAGCCAUGCACCUACAUCAAAAGCUGGUGGCAAGACCAGCGAAGACGCCUCUACAAUGCAAACAUUAUGGACAAGAUUGCAGACAAGCUGGAGGAGGGCCUCAAUGAUGUUCAGGAGAUCCUGAAGACGGAGAAACCCCACCCAGAGCGUCGGCUCCGAGGUGUCCUGGAGGAAUUGAGCAUUGGUUGCAGCCGUUUUGUGUCACUGGCAAACAAGGAUCAAAGUACAUCAGGGAGGACAAAACUGGAUAGGGAGAGGCUUAAAUCCUGCAUAAGAGAAAUGGAGAACAUGGCACAGCAAGCGAAGACGAUGAGAACGCAGGUAAAGAAGAACACACUAAAGGACAAACUUAAACAGGUCCACGUGUUUCUUCAUAAACUCCGCUUUAUGGCUGAUGAGCCUCAGCAUAGCAUCCCUGAAAUAUUCAUCUGGAUGAUGAGCAACAACAAACGGAUUGCAUAUGCUCGAAUUCCAUCCAAGGAUAUUCUUUAUUCCAUAGUAGAUGAAGAAACAGGCAAAGAUUGUGGCAAAGUUAAGACCGUGUUUCUCAAGCUCCCAGGAAAACGAGGCUUUGGGACUGCAGGUUGGACUGUUCAAGCUAAAAUCGAGGUUUACUUUUGGCUGGGAUUAAAUAAGCAACGGAAGGAUUUCCUGAGUGGCCUGCCCAGUGGAUACGAAGAGAACAAAGCAGUCAAGGGCCAAGGAUUGCAGCCCUUCCCUCCUAUAAGUCUGACCUAUACCAAGAAGCAGCUCUUCCAGCUCCGAGUUCACAUGUACCAAGCACGAAGUCUGUGUGCUGCCGAUAGCAGUGGCCUGUCAGAUCCUUUUGCACGUGUCUUCUUCUCUACACAGAGCCAAUGCACUGAGGUUUUGCAGGAGACUCUAUGCCCGACAUGGGACCAGUUGCUGGUGUUUGAUAAUGUUGAGCUAUAUGGUGAAGCACAGGAACUUAGAGAUGACCCUCCCAUUGUUGUCAUUGAAAUUUAUGACCAGGAUACUGUGGGGAAAGCGGAGUACAUUGGUCGAACAUUUUCAAAGCCUGUGGUAAAGAUGGCAGAGGAGGAAUAUUGUCCUCCUCGCUUCCCUCCACAACUGGAGUAUUAUCAGAUCUACCGGGGGAAUUCCACUGCCGGAGAUUUGCUGGCUGCUUUUGAACUCCUGCAGAUUCCUCCCUCGGGAAAACACAAUCUGCCACCAAUUGAUGGUCCAACAGACUCUGACCGUGGUCCAAUUCUCCCUGUUCCGAAGGGGAUCCGGCCUGUGCUGAGCAGGUACAGGAUUGAGAUUCUCUUUUGGGGUCUGAGGGAUCUGAAGCGCGUGAAUCUAGCACAGGUUGACCGGCCGAGAGUUGAUAUUGAAUGCGCUGGGAAAGGUGUUCAAUCUGCAGUCAUUCAGAACUACAAGAAAAAUCCAAAUUUCAGUAUUUUGGUCAAGUAUUUUGAAGUGGAUCUGCCAGAAAAUGAACUUCUUCACCCUCCUCUUAAUAUUCGUGUGGUAGACUGCCGUGCGUUCGGCAGGUACACUCUGGUUGGCUCACAUGCUGUUGGUUCCUUGAGAAAGUUCAUCUACCGACCACCAGAUAACAAAAUUCAGAACUGGGUGAAUGCAGCGAAACUAAUGCAUGGAUACCAGGUAUUGGCAAAUGGAGGUCCGCUCUUUCACCCUGCAGGAGAUAUCAACAUUAACAUGGAAACAGAGGUCCCAGUGAAGAAAAUGGAGACUGUUGUCAAGCUGGAUGCCAACUCCGAUGCUGUUGUUAAGGUUGAUGCGAACGAGGAUGAGAAAUCGAAAAAGAAGAAAAAAAAGAAGGGAGAGGAAAUCGAAGAGGAGGAGCCCGAUGAAAGCAUGCUGGACUGGUGGUCGAAAUAUUUCGCCUCCAUCGAGACACUCAUGGAGCGUAUCCGACAGCAGGAAGCAGCUGCAGCUGAGGCAGAGGAGAAGGAGGACAUGGAAAUAGCAGCAGAGGGUAAAUUAGAUCUCAAAAUUGAUGACUCUCCUAUGAAAGGCACGAAACAGUCCAAGAGUAAAGACAAGGCCAAAGCACAGGAGAAAGAGAAGAAGAAGAAACAGCUUGAGAUGGUUGAAAAGAAGGAGAAGGUGAAAAUUGAUGAAUUACAGGUUUAUGACAAGGAAUUAGAGACUGAGUUCGGAAACUUUGAAGACUGGCUCCACACUUUUAAUCUUUACCGAGGCAAAAUUGGAGAUGAUGAUGACAGCUGCACAGAUGAAGAAAGAAUUGUUGGGAGAUUUAAAGGCUCCAUCUGUGUGUACAAAGUACCUCUACCAGAAGAUAUUGCUCGAGAAGCAGGUUAUGAACCCACGUUUGGGAUGUUCCAGGGAAUUCCAAACAAUGACCUUGUCAAUGUUUUAGUCAGAGUAUAUGUAGUGAGGGCCACAGACUUGCAUCCAGCUGACAUCAAUGGUAAAGCAGAUCCGUACAUUGUCGUUAAACUCGGCAAGACAGAAAUCAGAGACAAGGAGAACUAUAUUUCCAAGCAACUCAAUCCUGUUUUUGGAAAGUCUUUUGAUAUUGAAGCCACAUUUCCGAUGGAGUCUAUGCUGACUGUGUCAAUAUAUGACUGGGAUUUAGUGGGUACAGAUGAUCUAAUCGGAGAAACCAAACUAGACUUGGAAAAUCGCUACUACAGCAAACACAGAGCAACAUGUGGCAUUGCGCAGCAAUAUUCUGUUCAUGGAUACAAUAUGUGGAGAGAUCCUGUGAAACCAACACAACUGCUGACCAAACUCUGCAAAGAAAACAAAAUAGACGGACCUCAUUUCGGACCAGGAGGAAGAGUGAAGGUUGCUAACAGAGUCUUUACAGGGCCAACAGAGAUUGAGGAUGAAAAUGGUGUAAAGAAAGAGACCGAUGAACACUUGUCCCUCAUUGUUCUACACCACUGGGAGGAGUUGCCACGAGUUGGCUGCAAGUUGGUCCCUGAACAUGUGGAAACUAGACCUCUGCUAAACCCUGAGAAACCAGGCAUUGAGCAGGGUCGCAUUGAAAUGUUCGUUGACAUGUUUCCAAAGGACAUGCCUGCACCAGGAGCGCCAAUUGAUAUAUCACCACGGAAGCCAAAGAAAUAUGAGCUUAGAGUGAUAGUUUGGAAUACUGAUGAGGUUAUCUUGGAAGACGAUGAUUACUUCACUGGAGAGAAAUCUAGUGACAUUUUUGUCAGGGGCUGGCUGAAAGGACAACAGGAGGACAAGCAAGACACUGACGUACACUAUCAUUCAUUGACUGGCGAAGGCAAUUUCAACUGGAGGUUUAUCUUCCCCUUUGAUUAUUUGAUGGCUGAGGAGAAGAUUGUCAUCUCCAAGAAGGAAUCCAUGUUUUCCUGGGAUGAGACAGAGUACAAGAUCCCAGCUCGCCUGACUCUGCAAGUGUGGGAUGCUGACCAUUUCUCAGCAGAUGACUUCCUUGGUGCGAUUGAAUUGGACCUGAACCGAUUUACACGUGGAGCAAAAACAGCUAAACUCUGCACCAUUGAAAUGGCUACAGAUGAAUCUGCUUUCCCUACUGUUUCCAUUUUUAAACAGAAGAGGGUGAAGGGCUGGUGGCCAUUUGUGGCCAGAAAUGAAAAUGAUGAAAUGGAGCUUACAGGUAAAGUGGAGGCUGAGUUACACUUACUGACAGCAGAAGAAGCUGAGAAGAGCCCUGCAGGACUGGCUCGUAAUGAACCAGAGCCACUGGAGAAGCCAAAUCGACCUGACACCAACUUUAUCUGGUUUAUGAACCCUCUAAAGUCCAUCAGAUAUUUUAUCUGGCACAACUAUCGUUGGUUGAUUUUGAAGAUCCUCGCAGUUGUGCUCCUUCUCCUUCUGGUCGGGCUCUUCCUUUAUUCAAUGCCUGGUUACCUGGUCAAGAAGAUUCUUGGAGCCUGA